CUGAGAGUGAAAUGUCUACUAAAAAAUAGGUUCAUGGAGGAAAAACAUCAAGAUCAAAUAGCAAAUAAUCAGUAUCUAACCCUAUGUCAGUUAGAAAACGGUUUUCAUCACUAAGUUCACCGUAAUUUAUUUCAUUUAAUCUUUUUUUUAGCCCGAACAACCAAGUACAAUCAACUUGCGUCUUUUGUUAGAAAUUUAAAAAUUAAAAAGUUGAAUCAUAUGGUCCUCUCCUUAAUAAAGCACUAUUUGCUAAGUAUUCUUCGUCUCAAAACUAUUAUUAUUCAAAGGACAUUAAUGAUAUAAUAGAUGAAGAAUCUACACCAGCUGUUGUUUUUUAUAGAGAUUUAGAAUGUAUGGUGGAAGAAGAAGAAUAUUUAAAGAGGUAUUAAUUAUAUCAUUAAAAGAUCAUAUGCUAAAAAAGAAACAACUUCAAAAAUUAAAGCCUUGCUUGAAUAUUACAAAUAUCAUAAAGAUAUACCUCGACUUUUUAUGCAGAAGGUCUACAUUACCAUUAAUAAGUUUCAUGAAAAGAAAAGAAGAAUUGAAUAUGCAAAUAUUAAAAGGAAAUUAAACAUCCCUGAUGAAGAUAUAGUAAUUUUAAUUUCCAAUAUCUUAGUAGCCAUCUAAAAAAAAGGAUAAAAAGAAGUAAAAACACAGUGAUGAAGAUUUAACAGUUGGUUAGUUAAAACAUCUAUUAAAGGAUUUGAAGUUAGAUACAAAUUCUUAUCUCUAAAAAAAUGUUGAUAUCUCAAGUAGUGUAUAAUUACGUGAAUUCGUACAAUAAAUUGGAUAAAAAUAUGAUUAUCUCGGAUAAAUUUCUGGUUUAUUGUCUAUUGAUUAAAGCAAUAGUUUUCUCUUAAGAUCUCAAGAUUUUUCAACUAUUAACAAAAACCAUAGAUAAAAAUACCUCAUUAAUCAAAAACCCAAACCAAAUUAAAAUUCUAAAGUUUAAAUUUUAGAUUCUAAGACUACUAAUUAAAUUAGUUAUUAAGGGAGUCUAGAUAAAAUAAAUUUUAAUAGAUUUCAAUUUUAUAAUCAAGGAGAAGUGUCUUCUUAAAAAGCUGAAAAUUCUAUUAAGGCAGGAGAAUAAACUAAAAGAUCUAAUCAAGAAUAAUCACCUUUAAGGAGUUCAUAAUAAUCAUAAACUAUUUAAAAAGUUUAUUCUUCAAUGGAAGGAUUUGCUAAUUUUGUUUAAAAAUAAUAAUAAUCCUAUUAAAAAUAGCAAAAACAAAAUUAUGGUUAGAAGUCAAGUUCUCAAAGGAAAGUUAGUGCAAAUUUCAAUUCAACUGAUUGCCAAUUUAGGUUACCAAGUAGAUAGAGUUCAACAUAGAAAUAAUCAGCUGAAUUGUAAUCAUAUUAAGUUAAUUUCUUGUAAAUAUUUGAUAUCUAUAAAUAGGAGAACCAGAGUAGCUUCCCAAUUGUAAAAAUACGAUGAUGAUUAUAAGAGUAUCAAACAUGUACAUUUAUAAUCUUAGGUAAGCAACCUUUAGCAACAGAUAGAAUUCAAAGGUCUAGUAUGUAUAAUGUAGAAGAAAAAAACUAACAGAAAUCUUAAUCUAAAAAUAUGUAAAAUUUUUAAAUAAAUUUAGAUAAAAAAUGCCAUAGAAAUUUACUUAAUAUGCAUUAGCAACAUUAAGGAAUCUCUAGGUGAAGAAUCCUGAGGUGAAGAAAAAAUAAGUUGUUAAUGGAAAUAAUAUGUAAGGGCCAAUAUUGAAUUCAUAAUAAUUACAUUAUAGAACAAAAUCGUAAGAUGCGGUUGUAACCUAUAAAGCAUCACCUCAAAAAUAUGCAUAACGUCAUGAUAAUUCAAAAGACCCAUUAAGAAUUGCAAACAACAUUUGUGUGUAAUCGUCUUCUAAAAAAGGAGGUGGUGUAUACAAUAUUAACUAAAAUAAUAUAGUUAAUAUAUAUAUCGAAGAUUUGAAAUCUUCAGCUAAAAUAAAAUAAGGCGGGUCGUAAACUGCUCGAAUAAACAGUCCGUUAAAAAACAACCCUAAAGGUAUUUUCGAAGUCUAUAACACUUAAAGAUGUAAUUUAAGUCCUGCAAGCAAAAAAAUGGUUUGA